AUGAGCGAGAUUCAGAAUGUAGCGAUCGUGUCUCACGAGGUCAAGAAGGACGAGGCAAAACCGUUUGUGACGUACAAUGUCAAGGUCUCGACUGCCACCCGAUCAUGGACCGUCCAGAGGAGAUACAACGAUUUCUGUGCCUUGCAUGCCGAGCUGAAGUCGUCAACGGGCAAGGAACCCCCGGCACCGCUUCCGCCGAAGCACUCGUUCCGCUGGACCAGAAGUAUUGAUGACGCCAGGCUUAUCUCGGAACGUCGGACAGGGUUGCAGGAAUACCUUCAAAAGAUCUUGGCUUGUAAAGACCCUCGAUGGAGAUUGGCCUUUGGCUUUCUCGAUUUCCUCGCCGUCCCGGCCAAUCUCCCCGGGGCCAGCUCGCGAACAAACGACUCGACGGCGGAUAAGCUGGCUCGGUAUAUACCCUCAUCACAACCUCAGGGUGGGCAGGUUCAGUUCACCUCGUCCAGCUGGAUGACGGAGCACAACGCGCUACAACAAUCGUUACGGACCGUCCGAGCGAGCCUUUUGAAGCGGGACGCGUUGGCUGGAAUGGGAGAUGCAGGGGCCUCCAGGUCUGCCAAUAUCGAGGCAAAGCGCAGUCUGAAAGAACUCAAGGUCAGGAUGGAGUCGCUCGACAAGGGCCUGGAAGCUGUCGAGGGGCUCGGUCAAGGGGAGCGUUCCCGGCGAGAGGGAAUGAUCAUCAGCCUCAAGGACGAGGUCGGGAACGUGGACAAGAUGGCUGAAGCGGGCGUCCGGGUGGCAUCAAACCAGUCUGCUAGUACCAGUAUGGGCCGAUCUGGAACGCCUGUGAAUGAGAACGAUCGAAAGGCCUUGUUGGGCGGGGCAGCAUCUCGGCCAGCAGGUCGAGUAUUCGGUGCUGUCGCUCAUCAAGCACCUCAGGAGACAGCAGAGACCCGGCCGUUGGACGAUCAAGGUCUGGUGCAGCUCCAGCAGCAUCAGAUGGACAGCCAGGACUCUCAGCUCGAGCAACUGUCUUCAGUCUUGCAGCGACAGCUGAGGCUCGGCCAGGAUAUCGGCAAGGAGAUUGGCGAGCAGAACGACAUGUUGGACGAUUUGAGCGCUCAGGUCGACAAGACCGGUGGCAAGCUGGGCCGUGCCAAGAGACAGAUGAAUAGACUCGGUUGA